AUGCUUAGAAAGCGCAUGAAUCUCAAUAGGCCGGUUGACUUCGAGGUCGGGGUCGAUGAUCUGCAGCUGUUUCUGCAGUGCGAUUCAAGGGACGGAGUCUCACUAUUCGAUCACACGUCCGGCGUCUCUGUCGCACCUGCUGCUGAUGCUAACAGUGCUGCUCGCUCGCAGUGGUCCACGCGUGAUGCUGCUACCCGUCUUGCUAUUCGUAGUCACCUGCCGUCUGCUGAGCGCACGCACUUUAGCCAGUACAAGACCGCAAAGACUCUGUACGACGCUGUUGUUGCGCGCUACUCCUCCCCUGCCACUGCUGCCCUUAGCCGCCUCAUGCUGCCGUACCUGUUCCCUGACCUAGCUGCUUUUGCCACAGUCGCUGACCUUAUUAUGCAACUCCGCACUAGUGACACCCACUACCGCGCUGCGCUUCCUCGCGAGUUCUGCGCCGCGGACCCCCCCCCUAUGUACAUCACUCUCUACUACUUCGUCACCCGGCUCCCUGACUCCCUUCGCUCGGCCAGGGACCACUUCCUCUCCCUUUGCCCCACCACGCUCACCGUUGACCUCCUCGAGGAGUGCCUCCUUGUGGCAGAGAAGAGUAUAGUCGCUGUAGGAGCCUCUCGUGGUGACCCUCGUGCCCCUUUCUUUGAGGGUUGCUCCCCCGUUCCCCUUUUGCCUUCUGUUGCCUCUGCUGUUGCUGUCGACCUCAUUGGCACCGAGUCGAUUGGCGCUGCGUCUGCUCCUAGUGGGAGGCGCCGCAGUGGCAGGGGUGAUGGAAAGUGGGAGAAUUGGCCGGGUUGA